AUGCUGACUUUCUAUUCCUCCCUGACGCGUCUGCUCCGGAUCAGCGCCUGGUGUCGUCGCUGGUUGCGACCGCCGGCACGAGAGACGGCCUCCCCGCUCAGCCUCCAGACGAUCGAGCUCGACGAGGCUCGCUGGGGCUGGAUCCGGCUGGUACAGGCUUACAAAUACCAAGGAGAGUUGGCUACACUCAAAAAAGGCGAGCCGCUGCCGGCGCGCAGUCAACUUAUCAAGUUGAGCCCGUUCCUUGACGCGAAGGGAAUCCUGCGCGUGGGCGGCCGCCUCAAACACGCGCUCUUGGCCUACGACCAGAAGCACCCGAUAAUCCUACCCGAUGACUCGCACCUCAGUCGACUCAUCGUUGAGGCGUGUCACCGGAGGAUUCUCCAUGGCGGCGCCCAGCUGACUUUGGCGGCGGUGCGACAGGAGUACUGGAUCCCACGGGGCCGUGCACUGGUGAAGGGCCACAUCGGACGAUGUCUGCCGUGCCUUCGAUGGCGGGCGGCCUCCCCGCAGCCUCUGAUGGGCGACCUUCCGCGAGCCAGAGUGACGCCUUCACGCCCCUUCCUCCACACGGGAGUGGACUACGCCGGACCAGUGUGGCUGCGGACGUCCAAGGGCCGAGGCCACCGAGCAUCCAAGGCGUUCGUCGUAGUUUUUGUCUGUUUUAGUUCCCGGGCAGUGCAUCUGGACGUAGCGUCCGAUUAUACCGCGGACGCUUUUUUGGCCUCCCUACGUCGGUUCGUCGCCCGUCGCGGGCUGUGCAAGGCCCUUUACAGCGACUGUGACACGAAUUUCGUGGGAGCGGAUGCCCAGCUCCGGGCCCUCUUCGCGGCCGGAUGCAGGGAAGGACGCCGCAUCGCCGCUUAUCUCGCCGACGAGCGGAUUGAAUGGCAUUUCAAUCCGCCCGCGGCCCCGAACUUCAGAGGACUUUGGGAGGCGGCGGUGAAGUCCAUGAAGCAUCACCUGCGUCGUGUGAUCGGGGAUGUAACAUUGACGUACGAGGAGAUGGCCACUCUCCUGGCGCAGAUCGAGGCGUGCUUGAAUUCGUGGCCACUUCAGGCGAUGUCAGACGACCCAGAGGACCUCGAAGCGCUGACGCCAGGCUACUUCCUCGUCGGCACGGCACUCAGCGCGGUCCCGGAGCCUUCUCUAGCCGAAGAGCCAACGAAUCGGCUCGUCCGGUACCAGCGGGUCCAACAGAUGAAGGACCACCUCUGA